AUGUUGUCACGACCACAAAAGCCGAUGCUGCGAGAUUUUAUGUUGAUGCAUGCACAAACGCGUGCUUAUUUGUGUUCCGAUGAAGAAAUAUUCGAUCCAUGCACCAAAUUAAUCUAUUUGACUUCAUUCGAAAAGGCUACCUUAACAUCUUGGUCAUUGGAUUCCAAUGUUGAUAAAGGUCUCAAUUUGUAUAUCUUAGUACACUUUUUAUCUUCUAUCAAUGAUAAUUCGUAUUAUUAUCACUAUGUCAAUAAUGGAAAUCCUGAUGGUACAAAUAUGUUUGGACACAUUAUAGGAACAUCAGGUAGUGGCAAAUCGUCGGCUCUCACUCCUCAUAUGGAUGCUUUGGGUCGGGCUUUAGUACAAUUGGAUAUUAAUCAAAACUACACUCAGUAUCCAAACAAGACUAGUGAUUUAUCAUUCGAACAGCCGUUUAUUAUUUCAAAUGCCACAGCGUUACAUGUCUAUCGAAGUUUGAUCUAUGGAAACCGUUUGUUAUGCUCGACAGAAUGCGAUACGCUUUUGUCGAAUUUGGGUGUUUAUGGUAAUCAAUACAAUGAUCCUCGAUUUGCUGAAAAUGUCAAUAUGCUCAUUCAAAUGUUCGAUGGCACCAAACAUCAAAAUCGAUCAACUUUAUCAACAUCAUAUGUUAUACCAGAAGGACGUCGAGCUUCUAUUAUCGGUGCAAGUGUUGGCGAUCCUUAUGCACGUGUAUCACAGCAACACUACGAAGGUAAUGGUAUUAGUGGGGCACAUAAUCGGUUCACCCAUUACCCGUGCCCUGUUAUGAAAGCUAUUAAAACUAAUGCUGGUUCGGCUGGUGUUACUUCUAAUAUGGUUCCGUCACUUCAACAUGUUUAUGCAGUUUCAAUGAUGCUGGGAAAAGUUGAAUAUGUGGCACGGCAAAAUGUAUAUGAUAAAUCAGAGAAAAAAAAAACUAAUAUGUUUAGUGAUGAUGUGGAAGAUAAAUGGAAACGAUUACGACCGAUGGCUGUUCGUGAAUAUUAUCAUUCGCCAUUACAAAUUGAAAUCGAACUUGAAGAACCUGAAGCCGGUGCAACAAUCGAAAAUAGUAACAGUGCAUUCUAUUACAUGUUCAGUCGAGUUUAUAGUCAAUGGCAAGAAGCAACAAUAACCGAAAAACAAGAACACGAAGCUAUUAUCAAUUUUAAAAAUUCAACCAAAAUUCCUCGUUUUAUAUGUAACUUUGCAAGAUUUCGAACAAUCAUGAACAUUUUAUGGCACGAUGACGUAUAUCCAUUUAUUGAAAUAUCCGAAGUUAUGAAACCACCGUAUUGUAUAUCAGAUAAUUUCAUUGAAGCUGUCAAAACUGUUAUUGAUAAAUUGUUUCCACCAAAUUUAUGUAAAACUGAUGGAACGAAAAUUUUGAUUAUUGAAAAAGAUACGGCUAUUAUGGGCGAUUUAUUCUUUGGUCAUGUUGAUUGUAUAUCUCGAAAACUUUUUGAUCUGUCACAGAUUCAAGAAACGUUCAAUUCUUCAUUAAAAAUACCUAGGCUAUUAAAAAAUGCACCAGAAAGUUAUGAUAGCGACCAAUUAAUAUACAAGGAUGCUUCAAUGAUUAUUUUGUCCAAAUUAAUUUUUUUCUCGGUAUCAACGUUUAUUUAUCAUCGAGUAUUUCAUAAUAAGAAAGAUCGACUAAAUCUUAUGUUAAAAUACUUAGUCGAUAAUGAACUGAUUUAUGAAGGUUCUCAUAAAAAUCGUUUUAUUAAAGGAGCCCAUACAAGCUAUGGUAUGAAGCCACCCAAUCAAAUAAAAAAAAGUGAUAAAGCAAUUGAAGCAUUAGCUAAAUUAAAUCUAAAUAUUCAAAGUUAUGAAGAGUUGUGGCAACAGUGUCUCCUCCCUGUACCUGAAAUGGCAGCGAAAAUUGAAAUUUCAGCAAUUAAUCAUAUUAACUUAUAUUUAGUUGACUAUAUUUCAAUUAUUCAUCGUUUGGGUGAUGCUAAUGAUCCUGUUGCUAAAGAAAUUCUAAGACCUGGUCUAAUUAGUGGUCAAAUUGGUAUUGAUUUUGAUUCGAAUACAUUUUCAUUGGCACCAGAACAUAUUGUUUUCUUUAACAAUGAUCAUGAAAUUAUGAAUGAAUUGAACCGAUUGUGUAUUCGAGCAAAUCCACAAACUAUGCCUUUAUUGAACAAUACUAAAUCUUUAAUGAAUAACAACAAUCUCUCUGUGUCAAAUUCGUCUAAUGCAGAUAAAACUUGUGUACAACCUGUUGAUAAUUCAAAUAAAUUGCCACCAAAACAAACAUCUUUUAUCAAUUUUAAUAGUGUUUUCUCGAAAGAAUAUUGUGAAACAGAUACAUCACAAAACCAAUGUUUAUCAAUUGAAGAAAGUGAGUUUCAUGAUAUUAUUGUUAUUGCGUUAUGGUUAACCUCUCUGAUAUAUUUCUAUCUAGAUGAUUGUAUAUCCGUUAUACCUGAUACUAAUAAUAACAACAUUAAUGAUUGUAUAUACGUAUUGGACAGAAUAAAAACCAUUGUAGAAAAUGAUGUUGACAACAUUAAUGUAUACAUAAAAUGUGUUACAACUAUUCAAAAGCCAAAUAAUUGUAGUUCAAUGGAAUUUGAUGAUCCAACGACUAAUUCUAUGAUUAUCAACGACAUUGAUUUUAGUGUAUGUUACCAACAAAAUGUAGACAAGGAAUCAUUGUCUGAUUCAUCUUCGACAACUUCUCCUGAAUAUGUUGUUAGUCAAGGAAGCGAAACGAGUAAUUGCAUUUCUAUGGAAGAAGAUUCCCAUAUAAUACUUCAAUCAUUAUCAUCUGAUGAAGUUAUGCCAAAUGAUUGCAACGAAAUAUCAGAAAAUUCGCAAAGAAGUCUCGAUAAAGAAACUACUCAAUCCAUCAAGAAAUUCGAUGUUAUCGCAUUGUCAAAGAGACUUAUGCUUAAAUCUUUCGUUACAUUUACAAAAACUGAUGUUACUCGGCUGUAUAAUAAUGCUGAAACGAAAAAUUUAGUUAUUGAAUAUUUACAAGAAAACGGAUUUAUUAAAAAAAUUGAUGAUUUGUUUUUAUCAAGUGCUCCAGUGAAUAAAACAUUCAAACCAGAGAUUGGCUAUUUGAAGUUGUUUCCGAUAUCUGAACUAAUAUCUGAGACGUCAUCGUUUGAAAUGAAGCUUCGAGACAAAGUUGGUAUUACGUUUGACCAUUAUGUUAAAGCAGUCUUUUAUCAAGGAAAUUUGUCAAUGUUGACUACGAUUACUAAUAAUAUGUUUAAUACAGCACGCCAUAACUGGCUAUUAAAUCGUAACUGGUUUGAAAAACUCAAAGAAGGACAUAUUAGUACAUAUUAUCGAAGCAACGUUAUUUGUCCCGAUGUCAAAAUAAGCCCAAUGAUAAUAAAUAUAACUUCUGUAUCAAAUGACAGUGUUCAUGACUCAUUUGAUCGACCAAAAAGUAAACUAACCGCUUCUCAAAGAACAAAAAAAGAAUUGAAACUACUCGGUGCAAAACGAUUAAAUGAAUCAACUGAUCAUCCACCACUGAAACGACAACGAAAACCGAAAAAAUUUCAUGACGACAGUUAA